GACUGCUUUAUAAGCUCUUUGCCGGUCUAGUUGAGAGAGUCAAGCUUCCCUCCUGAUAUUCUCCGGCUGAACCAAGCAGGAGUCCAGCACAUUACACAGUCCAGUAGGACCGAGGAACUUUAAAGUUUGCUCUCCGGAGGAUCGGGACCUUACUGGCUUCUUUUUGUUUCUUGGAGACGCUUGGCACUCUGUCACUGAACUUUCUUUGAGAUAACCAGGCAUCCUCUGAGACAGGAUGCAGGUGUCGUUUGUUUGCACAGACCACCGGUCCAUGAGCCGUAGCACGGAUGACAGGCUCAAUCGACAGAACGCUAACAGUCCGAGCACUGGUACCCGAAGCAAGUUCAAAGCUGUGGCCAUCGUGGCCAGGAGCCUUGGGCAGCUCUCCGUCCAGAGCGUCCCUUCUUCAAGUGACCAGAGCAUCAGAACUGGCAUGAAGUAUCGAAACUUGGGGAAGUCGGGCCUGAGAGUCUCAUGUCUUGGAUUAGGAACAUGGGUGACGUUUGGAGGACAGAUCACAGAUGAGAUUGCAGAGCAGCUGAUGACUCUGGCGUAUGAGAACGGGAUCAAUCUGUUCGACACAGCAGAGGUCUACGCUGCAGGAAAGGCGGAAAUGGUGCUGGGCAACAUCAUAAAGAAGAAAGGAUGGAGACGCUCCAGUUUAGUCAUUACAACCAAAAUAUUUUGGGGUGGAAAAGCAGAGACCGAGAGAGGACUGUCAAGAAAACACAUUAUAGAAGGUUUGAAGGCGUCACUGGAGAGAUUGCAGUUAGAAUAUGUGGACGUGGUGUUUGCAAACAGACCAGACCCCAACACACCCAUGGAAGAGACGGUGCGGGCGAUGACCCAUGUGAUCAAUCAGGGAAUGGCGAUGUACUGGGGAACAUCACGCUGGAGUCCGAUGGAAAUCAUGGAAGCGUAUUCUGUGGCCCGACAGUUCAACCAGAUCCCUCCCAUCUGCGAACAGUCGGAAUACCACAUGUUCCAGAGGGAGAAAGUGGAGGUGCAGCUUCCUGAGCUCUUCCAUAAGAUUGGUGUGGGUGCGAUGACAUGGUCCCCUCUGGCCUGUGGGAUAAUCUCAGGGAAAUACGACAGCGGUGUGCCGCCAUACUCACGCGCCUCACUGAAGGGCUACCAGUGGUUGAAGGACAAGAUCUUGAGCGAGGAGGGCCGACGCCAGCAGGCGAAGCUGAAAGAGCUGCAGGCAAUCGCUGAGCGGCUGGGCUGCACGCUUCCACAGCUAGCCAUCGCGUGGUGCCUGAGAAAUGAAGGUGUGAGCUCUGUGCUCCUCGGAGCCUCCAGCACAGACCAGCUCAUGGAGAAUAUAGGAGCAAUACAGGUUCUUCCAAAAUUAUCCUCCUCCAUCGUGCACGAGGUGGACAGUAUCCUGGGCAACAAACCCUACAAUAAAAAGGACUACCGCUCCUAGUGUGGAGCCAGACUGGACCGGAUGCUCCGAACCCUCCUUUGCCUGAUCCUCCGUUCGCUUCAGCUUUUACUGAAUGAGUACCGGCUGCAUGAGACGGGCAAGCACCCACAAACCCUGGAGUGCAAGGGUUGAA